AAUCGACAUAAAGACGAAGGACCACUAUAAACCUCCGCUCUGUUAUUGCGUAGCUCGUGAGAGAGCUAUACCAAUACUAGUGUCCUUACUUAUUGUUUUUGUUCGUUAACUCACUUAUUUACAGACUACUUUACUCCACAGAAGUAUUAAUAAGUAGAGACAAACGAAUCGAAAAUGGCUGUGAUCUUCUUCAUCUUAUCAACUCUGACGGCGCUAUUGCUGAGUUACUGGAUGUGGAAAAGGCACAAACGAUUCCAGAAAUUCAUAGACCUGGGAAUUCCUGGCCCACCACCCCACUGGUUUUUCGGACAUCUUAGGGAGGUCAACUACAGGGAAGGGAGGGUUGACCCAAUACAGGUGAAAGACGAGUGGCUGAAGAAAUAUGGCAAAAUUGUUGGAUAUUUCAACGGACUGAUACCAAAUGUCUUGGUCUCUGACCUCGAUCUUCUCCGUCAGAUUCUCAUCAAGGAUUUUAACACCUUCACGAACAGGGCUCUGACGUCUACAAAUAGCAACAUGUUAGUCUCGAUGCAAGACCAGAAAUGGAAGGACGUACGGAAAUUGAUGACACCCGUGUUCUCUUCUGCUAAGAUGAAAAUGAUGAUGCCUUUCAUGAGACAAUGCGUAGAGACGUUCCUGAAGAAGUGUGAAGCCUUCGCAGACACCAAGACAGAAUUCAACGCCCACUACGAACUACAGUGCUUAACCUUGGAUGUCAUUGACCGGUGCGCCAUGGCUCUUGACCUCAACUGCAUCGAGAACCCUACGAACCCCAUCAUCGAUCGCAUCAGGAAGGUCUUCAGCAGCGAGAUGUCCCUGUUCUUCGAGAUCAUCUUCACGCUGCCCGAACUGGCCCGCUACCUGGCGCCCCUGAGGAAGUUCUCCAAUUUCGUCGAAACCCAGGAAUUCGUCAUAGGGCAUAUCGACAGGGUCAUCUCCAGGAGGAAAGAGGACCCGAAGAAAUUCAGUCGCCAAGACGCCCUACAAAUGUUAAUGGACGCCACGGACCCUUCAUCAGAUACUAAAACGAAACUCACAGAACGAGAAGUUGUCGAGAACGCAUAUCUGUUCGUCCUGGCUGGUUACGAAACUACCAGCAACGCCCUGAGUUACGCCAUUCACCUGCUGUCAGUUCAUCCGGAGGUACAAGACAUCAUCUUGGAUGAAGUACGACAAGCGUGUGGCAAAGAGAUGCCCUCGUACGAGGACCUCAGUAAGCUCCCUUACACGGAGGCUGUGAUGUGCGAGUCGAUGAGGAUGUACCCACCAAUCACAUCCUUCGUGACUCGCAAAGCCUCUACCGACAUCGUCUACGAGGACGUCACUAUCCCAAAGGGCAUGUUCAUCGAGGCCUCCGUCUGGAGCAUCCACCACGAUGAAGAGAUAUAUCCAGAUCCGCAUGCAUUCAAGCCUGAGAGAUUCUUACCAGAGAACAAGCAAGACUACCAUCCCUUGGCGUUCCUCCCCUUUGGUGCGGGACCUCGGAACUGCAUUGGGGCUCGGUUCGCCAUGAUGGAAGCCAAAUUAGCCCUGGCUUCCAUUGUCUCCAAGUUUAUCAUCAAUCCAACGUCCAGAACGAAGGAUCCGUUACCAACCGUCACGAGGCGUGCAAUAACCAACCCGAAAGAUGGCGUCUGGAUCGUGCUAAGCAAACGUUGACAGUAGUACAAGAAAUAAGACAAGAGACUUGACUUUGGAAUGCCUCUCCUAUUAUGGCCCUUUCUGGGAGCCUCGUUGUAAAGCCACAGAGCUAUCUAUAUUUUCCAUUAGUAUUAUUAAAAAGAAUUUAAAUCCAGUGUAAUAGCAGCCGGAGAACGAUUUAUGUUUUGUAUUGUUUAUCAUUUUUGUAUGUUUACUGUGACUUUUGAUAAAGUGUCCCCUUAGACCUUAUGUCAAAAUUAAGAAACAAGGCAUUAUUUUACCGUUUCGAUUCAAGGCAGUUUUCUUUUAUAACUAAUAUGUUCACCAGGUCCUUCUUUGUCGAAAUUUGGAAUGAAUAUAAUCUUAAUUUAAAAGUACACUGUUUUUUUAUGUAUUAUAAGCAAGGAAGGCAAUCACGCGCUUUUAAACCAAAUAAUAUUGUAUAAUGAAAUUUACACACAAUAUGCAACAUGUUAUUUGUGCUUUUUUCUAAACAAAUGGAAUUAUGUGAAAUUUUGUUCAAUACAGUUGAAGUAGUGUGUGUGUGUGUUUCAAGCUCAAUAUACAUAAACAUACAUGUACACAUGCCUCGAUGUAGAUCUAAUCACCUUUAUGUAUACACAUUUGAUUACGCUUUUACGAACAUAAUUUUUAUUCUUAUUGUUGUUAUUAUUAAUAUAUUAAUUUUAUUAAAAAGUCCAAAUAUCUUAUUGUUGAACUGAACACA